ACGCGCCUGUUUCAUUAAGUACAUUUUCCUGCUGUGGAAAACUGUAUUAAGUAUUUGACCUGACUCAUUUGUUGCCAUUUUGUUUUUCAUAAGUUCGAUAUCGUCACACGUAUCGCUCGUCGCCUCGUUGUCUCCUACCUAUAUUUAAAGGAGGAACCUAGCAAGAAAUGGGGCUGUGCUUAUCAUUUGACUGCGGGGAUUGUGAUUUUUGCUGCAACCCUUGCUGUCUGGCCCUGAGCGCCUGCUGUCUGAUACCCUGUCUCUGCCCGAACGCUUGUGGCCAGCAAAACACUCAACACCCUCCGACUGUGAUAGUUCAACAGCCACCCGUGGUAGACCAGCCCCCGCCGCCGCCAGGCUAUCCGUAUCCUCCACAAGGCGGAUAUCCCGGAUACCCUCCGCAAGGAUACCCUCCACAAGGAUACCCUCCACCCAGAAUGGGUUGUAAUAUAUCGUGCCGUCCGUGCUGUUGCUGCUGCAUACCGUGCUUGUGCUGUGACUGCUGCGGCGACCCCCCGCGCCCUGCUGUACACCAGCACCACCACGUCAACGUCAUUCAAGUACCGCCGGCAAGGAAUGGGAGUUUCGAACCUCCACCACCGUAUAGAUAGCGAUUGGUUGAAUUUCAAUUUAUCACUUUAAAAAAACCUUCACCUGCAGGUAUAAUACCAAUAAAUAAUACAUCUUAGUUGCUACUAGAUAUUUAUAUCUUUUCAUGAAAAUAUUAUAACCUUAUAUACAUAUUAAAACCUUCUACAAAUAUUAAGUAUAAUAAUGUUGUGUUCUUCUUCUAAUGUCACUAUAUGAGGUGCGCAUAACAUUCCUUAUUAGAACUGGACGGACUUGUUGCUUUGGAUUUGGCAUAUUUAUCACAAAGUCAGUGUAUCUGGCACGAUAUGAUUAUUAUUUAUAGAUCCUUUUAUUGUAACUGGUAGUGGUAGAAUCGUGGAGGUAGGUACUCCAAGAUUCUCCGCCUUAUUACUUAUUUGUAAAAAAAUAUUAUCAUUUUCAUUUGUUGAAGUUGUUGUGUUUCCACUCUAACCAUUAUUAACUCAAUAUUGUAUAAAACAUAUUUCUAGAGAUGAAAUGAUUAUUCUGUCUGGUAUCAUGCCGGCCGGUAUCCCCCGAUCAUCAACGUUCGGCACUAUACAAUGUAUAAUAAUCACUUGGAUAUAGACUUUAAUUCUAGUUAAAAAGUCAUGAAAUUAAUUAUUGUUACAAAUUGAUUUAUUAUACUAGUGCGAUUAAAGUAAAUGUGAAAUUCAAAAAACCCCCUGUUAGCAUGCAAGCCCAGCAUGCUGACCACGAGAAAAUUAUGCCUACCCAUUUUCUCGUCUAUCUUUAUAGAAGAAACACCAGUAACGGGUAGAGAUAAUUAUUUCGUGCAACGCAUGUUAGCCCUAUUGGUUAUUCAUUAUGGCAAAAUAAACGUAAAUUUUGCAAUCACUGCUGUCAAACGUCACUUUUCCAUACAAUAAAUGAACAAAAGGGACGUUUGACAGCACUGAUUGCAAGUUUUACGCCUGUCGCUAGCCUGUCGCGAGAUACGUAAUCACCCUACGGGACCUACUACUGAUUGUGGUCGAUGUAACAAUCCGAUAGCACUAGAAGUAUAAAAAUUAAGAAAUUAUUAGGUAUUCAUAGUCAAUGUUGCUAAUUGGGCUGUGUACAAAACUGUGGUUAACUAAACGCAACGGAACGCUACAGAAUUCUAUGAAAACACAACCACUUCAUCUCUGGAUAAUAUAAAAGUUUCUGGAAAAUGCUAUAAAAUCCAUGUAAACACUGUAAAAGUUAGAACAUUACACAUAGAAGUUAAUAAUUUUUUUUUCGUUGUUAAAGUUUAAGUUUACAUUUGUAAGAUAAUUAUGUUUAUUUAAUUUAUCAAUUAAAUAAUUUAAAAUAUGUUAAAUAAAAUAAAAAAAACAAUAGUUUAACGACGUUUGUAAUACUUAGUAAUACCUAGAUAGAUUUAAAAUUAUUUUAAUGGACAUUAGUGGUCUAUAUCAGGGUUCAAUGUGUAAAGGUGUAUUCGAACGAACAGUCCAUGAGCCGCACAUUGCAGUUGAUUAACGGCAUUGAAACUGCCGGGUCCGUGUACCUACUGCCCGUAGUAACGUUUUCGUCUGCCAAGGCACUGUAAUGACAAAGUAAUAGCCAAAUUACCGAUUACUUUAAAGGUCUCACUAGUCCACAUUUUUUCACGAAGCUCUUGGUAGAGCUGGCAGGGCUAAUCUAAAACGUACACUCGUUUUAGGUCCACUUUUCUUUAAUUUCAUAGAAUUUUGAUGCUCCAUGAUUGCCAAAGUGCGAAAUAUAUACCUACUAUGGAUAUUUUAUUAUUAUGUCGGGAAAUGAUGAAAAUAGGGAUUUAUGGCUUAAUUAGCGAUUAAUGAAUUAUAAAUUGCUGAAUGAGGCUUAUCCUGGUUUCGAUAACCUACCUCUACUUACUGAAUAAAUUUGGGUAUACGCUCGACCGUAACAAUAGGAAGAUCUUCCUCCGAGGUCCGAACAUUCAUAUUUGGAAGUUGUAUAAAUAGGAAUUCUUUCUGAACACUUCGCUAGCGCGACGCAGGAUUUUUGUGGCGCCAUCUAGUUCUGUAAUGUUGAGACCGCUACAUAUAUUUAGACGUUGAAAAAUUCACUGUACUCGGUUUUAAAAUAGUAAAACAAUUUGAAAAUUAUUGUCAAAAAAAUAACCGAAGCUUCCACAUAUAGUUAUUAAAUUUUUUCGGGUAUAAACAAUAUUAGUUGACAUUCAAAGAACAAAUUAUAUACGAAAUUUAUAGUAACUUAGUCAUAGCACUAGAUUUGAGAUAUUCCUUGGGAUUUGACAAACUACAUACCGACUGCGAAACGAACUGCAUUCAAACUGCAAUUUUACUUGCGGAAUAAUUCAGUGUGUAAAUAUGUUUAAACAUGAAAAUAUGGUAUGAAAUAAUAUUAUUAUAUUUGUACCGUAUCAUAUUACGAUAUAAUGUAUUGCGCUCGUUAAUUUAGUUUUAAGAUUAUUUUUUGUCAGCGAUAUACAGGUAUUGAAAGUCUCACUGCAGAUAAUACGAAUACGGCCUAGGCCUAUAUUUAUUCGUUAUUAAAUAUUUACUUAACUACUGCAACCACUGCACUGCACAGAAUUCGUCUUCCGGUUUCCAGCGAUUGAGACAACUUGAGAUGAUUUUUUCUUAAUUAAUAUUCGAAUGCAUAUAAAAAUAUUCGAAACUCACAGACAGACUUUUCUUGAUUAACUAAGAACGUUUCUUGGAAAUCGGUCCACGUGAUACAGUCAUAAAAAGUAUUUAGUAAAUAGUAUGUACCCUGUUUAGGUGGGUAAAUAACAUUUUGAAACAGGGUAAAUUGUAGUAAACACAGGACUUUAAAUAAUUUAAUGUAAAAUAAUUAUUAUAAGGCGGGUCUCAAUUAAUAGCUCUUCAACAACAAGUACUUAAAUAUUUUUUUAUUGAUGUUUUAAACUCAUAGAACUUUCUGUACGUUGGUUCCGUACUAUUCCGUUAUUUAUUCUUAUCUCUCUGGAGUCUAAACCCAUUUCUGAAGUGGCCGUAGACGCGGUAGUUGGUGGUUUUUUUUCAGCAACUCUCGCAUAAUGCUAACAUUUUUAGGGAAGUAGGGAUACAGUACCUACUCACGGGCGAACCGGAAGGCAGAUUGAAUUAAUCCUAAUCAUUAUUAUUUUUAAUACGCUCCGUAUAGUAUUUAUAGAAAUACAUUACUUCCGUCAAAAA